ACACAGUUGGUGCUAACGUUCCCUGACAUUACACGUCUGAUCAACAUGCUCUUUUCCUUGUCGCACCAAAGGUCAUUUUAAAGUUGGAUUGAUACUUCUGAAUUUGGGUCUCCUGGUGGUGUCACGAUGACCAAAUCUGAUUUGAUCACCUUUACUCUGCUGUUUACUCAAGUCUUACAUGUAUUUGGGGGCAACAUCCUUGUGUUCCCAUUGGACGGGAGCCAUUGGGUAAACAUGAAGGGAAUCAUAGAGGAACUUCAUGACAAAGGCCACCAGAUUACUGUUCUUCGCCCAUCUGACAGCUGGUACAUUGCAGAAAAGUCUCCCUUCUACACAUCUGUCAACCGUCCUGGUCAAGAGAAGUUUAGGGAUUAUUUUGAACUCUUUGUGUCUCAAAACCUGGAAUUGCAGAUUCAGCAGAAUCCUACAUCUUUUCUGUCUUCCUUUUGGAACCAUAUUCAGAACGAGCUGACAGCUUUAAAUCAGUUUUCUGUUUUCCAUAAGAAGCAUGCUGACACAAUUGUUCAGAUGUUUGAAAAUGAAACCUUGAUGCAGUACUUUCAUGGCGCCAAAUACGACGUAGUGUUGACCGACCCAGGCAUUGGUGGAGGGAUGAUGCUUGCCCGUCAUCUCCAGGUUCCACUUAUUUACAACGUCAGGUGGCAUAUUCAAGGUGAACCUCAUUCCCUUAUCGCCCCAUCCCCUCUGUCAUACACUCCUUUUAUUGCAACACUGUGUACAGAUAAGAUGACCUUUCCCCAGAGAGUCAAAAAUGUUUGGGCCUCCACGAUGGGUAGUUUCAUAAUGUCUUGCAUAACAGAGCCUCACUACAAACCAAUAGUCAUGCGAUACUUUGGUCCUGACACGGACUACUCAACGUUUUUUCUGGAUGCUGAUAUAUGGCUAGUGAGAAACAAUUUUGUCUUUGAAUUUCCACGACCCACAAUGCCAAAUUUAAUCUACAUCGGGGGAUUUCAGUGUAAGCCGCCAAAACAGCUCCCUGCAGACCUGGAGGAGUUUGUUCAGAGCUCUGGAGAUCGAGGGAUUGUGAUAAUGACUUUAGGAACACUAGUUGGCAGACUUCCCCGAGUUAUGGUUGAGGAAAUAGCUGCAGCCUUUGCCCAGCUGCCUCAGAAGGUUAUAUGGAGGUAUUUAGGACAAAAGCCUGCCAACCUGGGAAACAACACUUUACUGGUUAACUGGCUACCACAGAACGACCUCUUGGGACAUCCUAAAACAAGAGUCUUUGUCACUCAUGGAGGCGCCAAUGGGGUGCAAGAAGCAAUUUACCACGGAGUUCCGAUUGUUGGACUUCCGUUAUUCUUUGACCAACCUGAUAAUCUCAACAAACUUCGCGUUAAAGGAGGAGCGGUGAAUGUGGAUUUUACCACGCUCGACAGGCACAUCUUUGGGGAUGCAUUGAUGACAGUUCUUCACAAUUCGUCUUACAGGGAAAACAUGCAGAGACUCUCCAAACUGCAGAGAGAUCAUCCAAUCCAACCGAUGGACAAUGCCCUCUUUUGGAUAGAAUACGUUAUAAGAAAUCAAGGAGCUGCACAUCUGAAGUCAAAAUCCAUCAAAAUGUCCCCGCUUGUUUACUACUCGCUUGACGUCAUUGCAGCCUUGGGAAUGGCUGUUUUGCUUUUCAUAUUAACUUGUUUUUUUGUUUUUAAAUUCUUGUGGCGAGUAUUGUUUGGUGGACAAAAAACUAAACAAGAAUAAAAUGUAUUAACUACUUCUAUGGCUCUUGCUUCAGUAUGGCGGGUUGUGAAGUUCUAUGCUUAGUUGGCUACACACACACACCUCUGUCAUAUUUUCCGCUGAUUGUACUGAAAGCUCCAGUACAUCCAAAACAGCGCAGCGAGGAUCCUGAUGAGAGUGCGCAAGCGUGAUCAUAUCACACCUAUCCUCAAAUCACUCCACUGGCUCCCUAUUGCACCCUGGACCGAAUUCAAGAUUAACCUGCUAACACAUCAAUGCAUCUACGGCAACGCCCCCUCCUACCUCAAGGACCUAGUUUCCCCUCAACCUCCUACCCGCAACCUCCGCUCCUCAAACACCAACCUCCUCAAACCCAUCAGGACAAACCUACAAACAAUGGGCCGCCGGGCUUUCUGCUCGACCGAACCUGAACUCUGGAACGCUCUCCCCGACCAUCUUAGAGCACCACAGUUUUAAGAAGGGACUAAAAACCCACCUUUUUAGCACAGCUUUUAUCUAAUUUCUCUGCCUUCUUGUUUUUAAAUGCACUGCUUGCCUAUCUGCUAUGCCAAGGUUUCUCAUUGUCAUCCCAUUGGGUUGAGUUUUUUCUUGCCCUGAUGUGGGAUCUGAGCCGAGGAUGUCGUUGUGGCUUGUGCAGACCUCUGAGACACUCGUGAUUUAGGGCUAUAUAAGUAAACAUUGAUUGAUAUCUGUUUUAUCCAGUGCUUUCAUGUUUUUAUUUCUAUUUUGACUAUGUUUUAUCUAGUGUUUUUCAUGUUUUUAUUUCUAUUUUAAUUUUCUAUUAUAUAUUCUAACUUUCUAUUUUUAUUUUUUACCUUUUUUUUUAAAUACUUUGUAGCACUUGGAGAUUUUAACAAAUGCAACGUGCGUUACAAAUGUAAUUCAUUAUUAUUAUUAUUAUUAUUAUUACCUUCUUGAGUUCGAUGAUUUUGUCUUCUUUGGUUCAAUAAAUAUAAUCUUUUCUUUCUACUUCUCAGCGAGGUCUUUCGCACUCAGUUUCUAUAAUAAUAAUUGGUGAAGUAAGUUGUAUUUCAUAUGGGGAGAUAAGUAAGAUUA